AUGGAUGAGAUGGAGAAGAAAAAUAGAAGGGGGAUCUCACAAGGUGCAUGGUGGAAGGAAAAUCUUCCUCUCCCAGAUGGUAUGACUGAGCCGCAUUCAAUAUUUGUGAAAUUUGGACUUGUAUAUGAUUUAUGGAGAAGAGCUGAGGGAAUUCAUGGGAUGGAUAUGACAAAUACUAUGUGGAAGAUCUUCGCAAAGGACAGCAGCGUCACUCGCCAUCUCAGCCAACCCCGAACAUCCUGUCAUAGCUCCAUCUGGGACAUUGUCAACAACUUGCAGUUCACAGAAGUAGAACUGCCGUCAUGUCACACCUCACUUCAAGCUGAUGCAGGGGUUCCGACUACUGAUAUGUACAAUUCAGACGAUCAGGAACAUGCCAACUUCAAUGGCGACUUUAAUUUCAUCAAGGAUGGCUUUGGAGCGGCUGAAGGGUCAUUGGAGGAGCAGUACAAGAGUGCCAGGAUGUGUUACUCUAAGGAUGGACUGACCUUUUUAGAUCUAUUCAACGCUGAUAAAUUUGCUGAGUGCAGGAAGGCAUCCAAGGAAGAGUGGGAAAUUGGUGAUUUCCUUCUGUGUUCACCCCUUAGCAUGGCAGCGAUUGAUGUGUUUUUGAAGCUUCCUCUGGUAAGUACUGGUCUUUGCACUCUGCAUCAUUGA